ACAUUGUCACUUUGGCAGUUGGCUACGUUUGUUUUUAUCUUCACUCACUCCCGCCUUUACAUGUAAUGGAAUAAAAUUGUUAUUUUAAUAUUAUAAUCUUUGUGUUGAUUAUUUUCACUUCAGAGCAAUGUUCGCUGAAAAAGUCAUAGAAUUAUUGAAAGAAGCCGAAAGAAAUCCCGCUACUAUAGACCCCUUCAAUGAUGAUAAGAUACGGCAAAUAUUGGAGGAAAUGCAUUCACUGUUUAGGAUGAAUAUGAAUGAUGCAAAUGCAACAAUGGAAAACAAAACUCUUUGGUCAACAGUGCAGGUCAGGCAUUCAGCUUUAGAACGGAACAAACGCUGCCUCCUAGCGUACCUCUACAGCAGAAUGGCAAAAAUCAAGACUCUGCGAUGGGAGUUUGGGGCAGUGUUACCACCAGAUGUAAGAGAACUACUGUCAGACGAUGAAUAUGAUUGGUUCUCUAAGUACUCCAUUAAUUUAGCUUCAUACAUGAGAUCCUUAGGUCAAGACAUAGGAUAUAACGGCAUUGACUUAACAGAAAACCUGAAGCCCCCUAAAUCUCUGUACAUUGAAGUUCUUUGCAUGGCGGACUAUGGUAAGCUGGAGUUAGAAGAUGGCGACGUGAUCUUGUUAAAGAAGAAUAGCAGACAUUUUCUGCCAACGUCCGAGUGUCAGACACUCAUCAGACAGGGUAUCUUGAAACAAAUCACAUAAUUUUUCCAAUAGUUUGUUAUUUUUAAGAGUAUCAAGUAAGUUGUUAUCUUUUAUAAUAUAUUGGUGAACACAGA